AUGGCGGAAAAAGUGAAGGGGGGAGACGGAGAGGGGCGACUCUGCGAGAAGCACCAGGAGCCACUGGAACUCUUCUGCAAGGACGACGAAGCCCCCCUCUGCGUAGUCUGCGGCAGAUCCAAGGAGCACAAAGGCCACGAGGUGGUUCCUUUGGAGGAUAAGACACCCCUGGAAACUGGAAAGGGGAGCAUUUGUGAGAAACAUCAGAAGCCCCUGAAACUCUUCUGCAAGAACGAUGAGGCCCUCAUCUGUGCAGCGUGUGACAGUUCCACAGAGCAUAAAUACCAUGACGUGAUUCCUGCUUUUUUGGCGUCCCAGGAGUAUAAGGAGGAGAUCAGUCACUGCCUGGGGAUUCUGAAGGAGGAGAAGAAAAAACUGACGGCGUGUAAAGGAGACAUAAUGAAGGAGAGCCAAGAACUUCUUAAGCAAACCAAAGCGGAGAAGCAAAAAGCUGCAAUCAAGUUCAGGGAACUACACAAGUUCCUGGAAGAACAAGCAAAACUUCUGCUAGGCAACAUGGAAGAGUUGGAGAAAGAGGUGGCGAGAAAAAGAGAUGGGCUCGUGGCUUACAUGGCCAAACUGACUGAGGAAAUGUCCUCAUUUGAGAACGUCAUCCAGAAGAUGGAGGGGAAGUGUCAGCAGCUGGACUGUGAACUCCUGCAGGAUAUCAGAAGCGCCUUGCAGAGGUAUGAGGAGAAGGAGAAACUUGAGGAGCCAGUUUUACCUCUUGAACUGAAGUGGGUCUUCUGGGACUUCUGUGAUAUAAACACCUUUCUUGAGGGUGUCUUUAAGAAGUUCAAAGACACUGUGAUCGCUGGGCUUCAGCCGCAGAAAGCAAAUGUGAUUCUGGAUCCAGACACAGCUUAUCCAUGGCUCAUCAUCUCCGAGGAUCGUAAAAGCAUGAAAUGGGGAACCAAGUAUGAAGCUCUGCCCCCAAAUCCCGAGAGGUUCCAGGAGAUGGCUUUUGUGCUGGGAUGGGAGGGGUUCACAGCAGGCCGGCAUUUCUGGGAGGUCAUUGUGAAAAGCUAUGAUGAUGAAUGGGGUGUGGGAGUUGCCAGAAAGUCAGUGAACAGAAAGGCCUGGAUAAACGUUUCUCCUGAGGAAGGGAUAUGGACUAUGAAGAAGACCAAGGGGUACAUAGCUGCUGUUGGAGCAUCCCGGAAUCUGCCUCAGAGUGGGGAGCUCAAGAGGAUCCGAGUCCUUCUCAACUACGAAGGGGGGCAAGUGGCCUUUUUCGAUGCCGACCGAGCAGCUCCUCUCUGCGCUUUCUCGGGUGCCUCCUUCUCUGGAGAGGCCCUCCACCCCUUGUUUUGG